CCCAGUCCAUGCGUGGUCAAAUUCAAAAUGGCGGACCAUGGUGCAAGUCUGGGUUUAACUGCUGGUAAGAGGAGAAAACGGAAAGGGAAGUCUUCUUUUGAACUUACUAAAGGCCAAAUAAAGCAUCUAAAAGAAUAUGGAGAACUACAUCCUGUUGAUCUGGAUGAGAAUCAUGAAACACAAGAGACAACAUUGAAGAAGCCAAAAAAGAUGGAGAAGAUUAUUGAUGAUUCAAUGCUACAGAAGCAAAGAAAAAUGAAUGAUAAAGCACAUGUACAGGAUGCUGACAAACAAGAGGAUGAUAAUGUUGAAGAAAUAUCUGCUUACCAGAAGUUGGUUUCCUCGUUUGUCAAUGCUGAUGCUUUGAGAAAGAAAAAGAAUACCAAGAAACUAACAAAGAAACUAACAAAGAAACUACAUAAAACUAGCCCAGACGGAGUUAUAGAAAAGAAAGGAAAAGACUCAGAAACAGAGGACAUUGGUGAUAAAAAAAUAGUUGAAAAUGAGUCAGAAAAUGAAGAAAAUAGUUCAGACUCAGAUGAUGAAUCUAAGCUUCUACGAGGAAGGACACAGCCUGAUCCAUUUUCACAACAUUUUGAGGUUGAUCUUGAGGAAGAUAUUGUUUCAAAGCUGGACAGCAAUCCAACAGUUAAGCCAAUAAAAACAACAGUUUUGAAUGGUACAGCAGUUUAUUAUCCCUCCGUACCUGGACAACACUUAAAAGAUUGCUCUUCUUCGGAUUCACAGACAACUUUAGAAAGCCUAUGGGUGAAGCCAAAACUUUGUCGAAACUGGAAAAACCUCACUCACGAGAACAGUCUGAAUGGGAGAGGUUUCACUAAUUUACAGCAAGAAUUGUUUCCAAUUAUAAAUUCAUAUCAGGAUCUGUUUUACUCUAACCGUGAUUUCAAUAACGGGGAAGAAAUACGAAAAAUGUAUUGUCUUCAUGCGUUGAAUCACAUAUUGAAAACAAGAUCACGAAUUUUAAAGAACAAUGCUAAGAUUGUCCAAGCACAAAAAGACAAGAAAGAAUUAUCUGGAGAACAGAGUGAUCAUGGAUUAACAAGACCCAAAGUCUUGAUAGUUGUGCCAUUCCGUGAUUCUGCUUUGAAAAUUGUUGAAAUAUUCAUGAAGUUGAUGGCUGAAGAAUCUGAGGGUCAAGUAAUGAACAAGAAACGAUUUUUUGAAAAAUUCAGCGAAACUGAGACAGAUGAUGGUCCCCAAAAUAAACCAGAUGAUUUUAAGAAGAUGUUUGCUGGCAAUAGCGAUGAUUUCUUUCGAGUUGGAUUGGUUAUCAUGAGAAAGACAAUCAAAUUAUACACAGAGUUUUAUUCUUCAGAUAUUAUUAUUGCCUCUCCUGUUGGAUUGAGGUCAAUCAUCGGUGCUGAUGGAGAGAAGAGAAGGGAUUAUGAUUUUUUAUCAUCAAUUGAAGUUUUGAUAAUGGAUCAAGUUGAUGUCUUCUUGAUGCAGAACUGGGAGCAUGUGCAGCAUGUGUUUGAACAUCUUCACCUCCAACCUAAAGAAUCACAUGAAGUUGAUUUCUCCAGAGUAAGAAUGUGGAACCUAAAUGGAUGGUCUAAAUAUUACAGACAAACAAUACUUUUUAGCAGCUUUGUUACCCCUGAGAUAAAUUUUAUUUUCAAUAAGGAGUGCUUGAAUUAUUCUGGAAAAAUGAAAAUUUCACUUCCAAAUCAAGUUGGGUCUGUUUGUCAAGUGGUAGUCCAAAUACCUCAGAUUUACCAUAAAGUGGUUUCUCCAAGUCACAAGGAAAUAGCUGAAAAACGAUUUGAAUUUUUUGUGAAUAAGAUAUUUCCAGAUCUAAAAGGGGCCAGAGGAAUGAUGUCUCACACAGCUUUAUUUGUUUCAUCUUAUUUUGAUUUUGUGAGGUUAAGAAAUUUCCUCAAAAAAGAAGAAAUUGAUUUCUUGCAACUUUCAGAGUACACAUCACGAGCAAACAUAUCAAGAAGUCGGAAUGCCUUCCUUCAGGGGACCACAUCACUUCUACUUUUCACCGAAAGAUUUUACUUCUAUUAUCGGUACCGAAUCAGAGGAAUAAAGAACAUCAUUUUCUACGAGCUGCCGUAUUACGCUCAUUUCUACCCAGAGAUUGUGAACUACAUGGACACAAGUUUUGGAAACAAAGAAAUUAGUGCAUCAAAUUGUACUGUACUUUAUUCCAAGUUUGAUAUGCAUAAACUGAGUGCAGUUGUUGGAACACCAAGAAGCCAGCAAAUGAAUGCUUCUGAACAAACAGUUCACAUGUUUGUGACUGGAGAAUGACUUUCAAAAAUGAGAAUUAAUUGUAAAAGAAUUGGCUGGACAGUUGAACAAGAAGGUAAUCUAAAGUUAAUAUCCUUUUUGAUGAAUUAUUUGUAAGGACAUCAGGGUAUAUUACAGUCUGUUAAUCAGAGAUAUUUUUUAUUUAUUUAUUUGAAAAAUUCAUGUAUUUAUUUUUGUAAAUUAUUAUAUUGAAUGU